AUGCGUCAUGCCAACGCGCAACGCUAUGGAUACUUACUUGAUUACGAAUUGUGGAUAUGUGGCAAGCCUCAGGUUGAUGGGUUUCAUAUUCUUGGAUAUGUUCCAAGAAGUCCUAGUCAGAGGUUCAGCUCAUACCAGUUAUUGGCGAGUUUUGAAUUUUGCGUUGAGGAUGGUAGUGCACUCCGACCCAGUAUACAGGGAAAGAAAAUACCACGAUCACCUCGUUCGCUUUCAGUCCUAAACGAAAUCGAGAAAUGGAUGAGAGACACUGAGACGAAGGAUCAACUUACGAAGCCUCCCUCGAUGCCGACCAGAAUUUUAGAGAUAGAGGAAAACGGCCAGUGUGUUAUUCUUUGUAAUUCUGCCAACAUUUAUGAGAGAUACACGGCUCUCAGUCACUGCUGGGGUAUUGUUCAGCCAAUAACAUUCAACACUCAAACAGGCGAGGAACUCCAUAAGGGAAUCCGCACUGCUAAGCUUCCACAAUCAUUCCAAGAUGCCAUAUGGCUGACCAUUAGACUGGGAAUACGUUACCUCUGGAUCGAUAGUCUUUGUAUAAUUCAAGAUGAUGUGCGAGAUUGGGCCCGCGAAUCGGCACGCAUGCACGAAGUUUAUGGAAAUGCAGCACUCACAAUUGCAGCUAGCCGAUCCGCUGGCAACACGGAAGGCUUCCUGGGCGACAGGCUGGAGCCUCGAUAUAUUUCUAUCCCUUUCUCUAGCGGCGAAAUUUCCGAUGAGGUUCUGUGUUUUGCCACCCCACUAAAGUAUGCUGUCGAUUUGACGAAACAGACUUCCCUAGAAGAUGCGCCGUUGUCAUCUCGUGGUUGGGCACUACAAGAACGUUUCAUGUCUCAACGAACAUUACAUUUUACCCAGUCUCAAGUCCUUGUAGAGUACAAAGGCAAUGUUCGUGCGGAGGACAGCGGGUUCACCAUCACAUUGCCUAAGAAAGCCGGUCUUUUUCUUGAGGCAGCAGCUGACCCCACACGCAUACGCCAUCAGUGGACUUACAUGGUCGAACAAUAUUCGCAUCGGAAGCUGACAAUAGGAAACGAUAAAUUGCCAGCACUGGCUGGUAUAGCAGCACUGUUUUCUCGGCAAGCGACCACAAACGAAAGCUCUACAGAAUAUCUGGGGGGGCUUUGGUCAAACGACCUACUGCAGCAUCUAUGCUGGAACAUCGACACCCGUGUUGUUCCUGGAGUACGCCCCACGGGAUACCGUGCGCCGACGUGGUCUUGGGCUUGUGUAGAUGGAGUUGUCUCCUAUCAUUGGGGCCGCCGAGACAACGAACUUGCGUUCAUUCAAAGGACACACGUUGGACUGAAGUAUCCUGAAAUUCCUUUCGGAGAGGUCAUAGGCGGAUGGAUACACUUGAAGGGAACUAAGCUUCCAAUAAACAGAAAAGAGAACGAUGAUAGUUUUUUUAACUUCGCUAUCGGAGAUGUUCGCUUAUAUGCCCAUGCGGAAUGGGAUGCGGAACCACACGUGAUAACGGAACAAUACUCCAGAGCAGCCGAUGAAGCGGCACUUGUUUUGUUGCCUUUGAUUUGGGAUGACGUACCGGAUGAAUCCAAGUUUAUAUGUGGACCUUUCUUCUUGAUCCUGAAGCCGGUGAACCUUCAGGUCCCACCGCAUAUGGGGAUCCAAACAUAUCAAAGAAUAGGAUCCUGUGUCGCUUUAGGAGAAGGUGUUGAUAACAAGAUUAUGAAGGGGCUGAUAAAAAGUACGUGGAUCGAUGUAACAGAAAGAAGGGCAUUAGAGGAUAUUAUUCUAAUAUAA